AUGUCUGCCUCCGAAAAACCUGCGACGAAAAAGACCGACUCUGUCUCCGACGUCGACUCCAAGGAAGAGGUCAAGCACCUCGACCGCAUCAACGUCGCCAGCAAUCCAAACGCAAAGCUUGCAAACCCUCUCGACGGCAUCUCCCACGAUCAGCUCAUUGCCGAUGCUGCCGCAUUCGCAAAGUCCCAUGGCCUCGGCCACCUCUCCGACGUCUUCCAGAAGGGUGCCCUCGUUGCACAGGACCCUACCGCCUUCGAGUCCAUCCCCAUCCUCACCGAAGAAGACCGUGCCGUCCUCCGUCGCGAGAUCACUCACAGAUGGAGUCAGCCUCUCCAGCUCUACUAUCUCGUCAUCCUCUGCUCCAUGGCCGCGGCCGUCCAGGGCAUGGACGAGGCCGUCAUCAACGGCGCGAACCUCUUCUUCGCGCCCCAGUUCGGCAUCUCCACCACCUCCGGCGACACCGGCCGCAACCAGUGGCUGCUCGGUCUUGUCAACUCCUCUCCCUACCUGUGUUGUGCGUUUUUCGGCUGCUGGGUCUCCGCCCCAAUGAACAAGUGGUUCGGCCGCCGCGGCACCAUCUUCAUCAGCGCCUUCGUCUCCUUCAUCACCUGUAUCUGGUCCGGCCUCACAAACACAUGGUGGCAUCUCUUCAUCGCACGCUUCUUCCUCGGCUUUGGUAUCGGCCCCAAGAGCGCGACCGUCCCCGUCUACGCCGCAGAGCAAAUGUGGACCGCGUUCGGUAUCAUGUUUGGAUACGUCAUGGAUCUCGCCUUUUACAAGGUGCCCGACUCCAAGCAUGUCCACGGACUCAACUGGCGACUCAUGCUUGGCAGUGCGGGUGUCCCUGCGCUCAUCAUCAUGUCCCAGGUGUACUUCUGCCCCGAGUCGCCUCGUUGGCUCAUGUCCAAGGGUCGCUACGACCAAGCAUACAACUCCCUCCUCCGCUUGCGCAACAGCGAUCUCCAAGCCGCCCGUGAUCUUUACUACAUCCACGUCCUUCUCGAGGCAGAGGCCGAGACGUUCAGCGGCCGCAACCGCUUCAUGGAGCUCUUCACCGUACCCCGCAACCGCCGUGCGACCCUCGCGUCCUUCAUUGUCAUGUUCAUGCAGCAGUUCUGCGGUGUCAACGUGAUCGCGUACUACUCGUCCAGUGUCUUCACUGAUGCAGGCUUCAACAAUGUCCAGGCGCUGAUCGCCUCCUGGGGCUUUGGCAUGCUCAACUGGGUGUUCGCCUUCCCCGCGGUGUGGACGAUCGACACCUUUGGCCGCCGCAACCUGCUGCUGACGACGUUCCCGCUCAUGGCCAUUUUCUUGCUCAUGACCGGCUUCUCGUUCUACAUUCCCGCAGGCAAGGCGCAGCUCGCCGUCGUCGCACUCGGUAUCUACCUGUACACUAUGGCGUACUCCCCUGGCGAGGGCCCCGUGCCCUUCACGUACUCCGCUGAGGCGUACCCGUUGUAUGUGCGUGACAUCGGCAUGUCGUUCUCGACCGCUGUGCUCUGGUUCUUUAAUUUCGUCGUUGCGAUCACCUUCCCGCGUCUGCUCGGCGCGUUCAAGCCACAGGGCGCGUUCGGGUGGUACGCAGCGUGGAACGUGCUUGGGUUCGUGUUGAUCCUGCUGUUCGUGCCCGAGACGAAGGCGCUGUCGCUCGAGGAGCUCGACCAGGUGUUCUCCGUGCCGACGCGCAAGCACGCGACGUACCAGCUCAAGGCGCUGCCGCACAACAUCAAGAAGUACAUCUUCCGUAUGAAUGUCGGGGACCUGCCUCCGCUAUACGAGCACGAGGGUGCUCUCGCAUCGCCGAAGCACCUGGCGACUGCGGGGCAUGCAUAG